AUCUAAGCAGGACCUUUGAACCUAUUCUAGCAAAACAAAAGAUGUCUCUUUCUCCAGAACAAGUUGAACAGUUCAAGCAAGAUGGCUACCUAGUUAUCGAGGACCAUCUGUCCACCCAAGAUUGUGAUGUACUUAGAGAGAGGGCCUUCCAGAUCAUCAAAGAAGCAGAUAUGAGUCAGCACCCCAUGACCACAUUCUCGACUGUCGAUAAAGACAAAGGCGCUCAAACAAGAACUGACUAUUUUGUCACUAGUGGAGAUAAAAUCAGAUUCUUUUUUGAAGAAGGAGCUUUGGGGGAAAAUGGCAAACUAACAAUGCCACCGAUAGAGGCUGUUAACAAAAUCGGUCAUGCCUUACAUAUUUUCGAGCCAGAAUUCAAGAAAGUUACUUUCUCCGAUAAAAUUAAGGGCAUUGCAAGAUCUCUUGGAGUAGUGAAACCGUCUGUUCCUCAAAGUAUGGUAAUAUUCAAGCAGCCAAAAAUAGGUGGUCGCGUUAACCCGCAUCAGGACUCUUCAUUUCUUCACACCACUCCGAUGAAUUUGGUCGGGUUUUGGAUAGCUCUCGAAGAUGCUGAACCUGAUAAUGCGUGUAUGUGGUUUGCCCCUGGGACUCAUAAAUCUGGAAUCAGUGGAAGGCUAUUGAGAACGGAAGAAGAUGGAAAAUUAGGAACGAAAUUCGAGGGUACAAGUCCAUCAACUGAUGAAAAUAAAUUUGUCUGUGCGCCUGUUCGAAAAGGUAGUCUAGUGCUCAUACAUGGAGAAGUUGUUCACAAGAGUCCACCAAAUUUGUCUGAGCGAUCUCGAAACAUCUACACAUUUCAUCUGUACGAUGGUACAUCAGAAUGGAGCAAAGAUAAUUGGCAACAACCAACAGAGGAAGUCCCAUUCCCAUUUCUCUACGAAAAAACUGAAUGAAUUUUAGCUACAAGUUGUCAUUGCUAAAAUUUAAUUAAUAUUGUGCUCAUAUGAAUUUUCAUUAUUAAAUAAAA